AUGACGGCUCCCCUCGAAUCCGCUAUGGAGAAGCUAAGCAUAGGGGCUAGUCAAAUCGACCCCGCGGCUUUUGAAUCCCGUUUGGUGGGCGAGGCGAAUGGUUCAAUUGACAACCUUCAACCUCGCAAAAGAGCUCGCCAAGAUGCCCAGGACCUGCUUUCCGAGCUGGAGAAUGAAUUCUUGGAGCCAUCAAACCAAUUUGGCACUAGAUGGUUGAACGCAUUACAAAAGCGAUGGGAUGUUUCCACAGAUCACACGGACCUUUUCGAGAUUGCUCCAACUCAGACACGGACCGUUACUCGAUUCACACGAGAGGGAUUGGAAGGACGGGUCACUGGAUAUCACGAAGUUACGGUGCCUGCCGCAAGCGCCAACGCUAAGAAUUCCACGUCGCUUCUUCGCCGACCUGCCGGUCGUGCCGACUUUGUCCGAGGAGCUGCAGGAUUUUUCCCUUUCGCCCCCGGAGGCUUAGAGGGCGUUGAAGCCCUUGCAGCUCUGGAAUCAGAGGAACAGGACACAGAGCAAGCACGCAAUGGCAAACAACCAGGGCUCGACCGUAUUAUCAACUUUGGCACCGAAGGUGGUCUAUUGACCACACCACCUGGUUUUGAUCGCGGUUUGAACUUCGACGCGAUCAAGUCGAAGAACACUGAGGGUGACCAGGAAGUCGAGACCGCCCUUCAAGAAGAGAGCGAUCUGAAGGUAAAGGAAUCAGAGGAAACGUCAGAGAAUACCCCCGCCAAGACAGCCGGUGAAGGCGACGCCAGUGAUGAUGAUGAUGAGGAAGAUAUUGACGUUUUGCUUCCGGUUGAAUUCCCAGCGCUUGAACCACGUAACCAAUUACUCGCUGGCGUUCAAAAGCACAAGGGCAGAGAGUGGGCCCAUGUCGUUGAUGUCAACAAAGAUAUUCCGAACUUCCAUGAGUUGGUUCCUGAUAUGGCCCGAGAAUGGCCCUUCGAGCUGGAUACCUUCCAAAAGGAGGCCGUUUAUCAUCUCGAGGGUGGCGACUCAGUGUUUGUUGCUGCUCAUACAUCGGCAGGCAAAACUGUUGUAGCUGAGUAUGCAAUCGCUUUGGCUGCAAAGCACAUGACCAAGGCAAUCUACACGUCUCCCAUCAAAGCACUGAGCAAUCAGAAAUACCGAGACUUCAGAACUGAAUUCGACGAUGUUGGUAUCUUGACCGGUGAUGUCCAGAUCAAUCCGGAAGCCAGCUGUUUGAUUAUGACGACCGAGAUUUUGCGGAGUAUGCUGUACCGUGGUGCCGAUCUCAUCCGAGACGUCGAGUUUGUCAUUUUCGAUGAAGUUCACUAUGUCAACGACCUUGAAAGAGGAGUCGUAUGGGAGGAAGUUAUCAUCAUGCUUCCCGAGCAUGUGACUCUGAUUCUGCUCUCUGCCACAGUUCCCAACACGCAAGAGUUUGCGUCUUGGGUUGGUCGCACCAAGAAGAAGGACAUCUACGUGAUUUCGACCCACAAGCGACCUGUUCCUCUGGAGCACUAUCUGUGGGCCGGAAAGAGCAAGCACAAGAUCGUUGACUCCAACAAGAGGUUCCUUGAAAGCGGUUGGAAGGAAGCGAAUGAUAUUCUGUCUGGUAAAGAUAAAGCGAUGGCCAAAAAGGAGGCUGAGGCCCAGGCGCAAUCGGCACAAGCCAAAGCAGGCUCACAGGGCCAGGGCCGCGGCCGUGGUGCUGGCCGCGGUGGCCCACAGCGCGGCGGCGCUCCCCAGCGAGGCCGAGGAGGAGGAGGCAAUCGCGGAGGACAGUACUCCAACCGGGGAACCGGCAACAUCGCUCGCACAGGCCGUGGAGGUGGUAGAACGAGCGCUGCCCAGGACAAAAAUACUUGGGUGCACCUUGUGUCGCACCUCCGCAAAGAAGAUCUAUUGCCCGGUUGUGUGUUCGUUUUCUCCAAGAAGCGAUGUGAGGAGAACGCAGAUUCAUUGUCCAACCAGGACUUCAAUAACGCUACAGAGAAGAGCUUGACGCACAUGUUUAUUGAAAAGUCACUCACUCGACUGAAGCCUGAAGAUCGCACGCUCCCACAGAUUCUGCGCCUCCGUGAGCUUCUGAGCAGAGGUAUUGCUGUUCACCAUGGUGGUCUCUUACCUAUCAUGAAGGAAGUUGUGGAGAUUCUGUUUGCCAGAUCCCUGGUCAAAGUUCUCUUCGCCACUGAGACAUUUGCGAUGGGUCUCAACCUUCCCACUCGAACAGUAGUAUUCUCUGGAUUCCGAAAGCAUGAUGGUAAAGGGUUCCGUGACCUUCUGCCAGGCGAAUACACCCAAAUGGCUGGACGUGCAGGCCGCAGAGGUCUCGACACAGUGGGUUAUGUGAUUGUGUCGAAUGGCGGAAAGGAUGAGGCGCCGCCUGCUGGUGCACUGAAGCAAAUGAUUCUCGGCGAUCCAACUAAGCUCAGGUCCCAGUUCCGACUGACAUAUAACAUGAUAUUGAACUUGCUGCGUGUGGAAGCUCUCAAGAUCGAGGAGAUGAUCAAGCGGAGUUUCAGUGAGAACGCCACGCAGGCACUUUUGCCGGAACAUGAGAAGCAGGUUCAGCUGUCAGAAGCCAGCCUGGAUAAAAUCAAACGUGAGCCAUGCGAAGUUUGCGACGUGGACUUGCAGGCUUGUCACGACGCUGCGAUGGAGUACCAGAAACUAACCACCGAGUUCCACACGGAGCUAUUGUCAUCCCCUAUCGGUAAACGCCUAUUCACGAUGAAGAGGCUGGUGGUUUUCCGGAAGGAUGGUCUCAGGACAGCGGGUAUUAUCAUUCGUGAUGGAAUAUCUGGUGGUAUGGGUGGAAUCGCACCUUGUAUUCAUGUACUAGAGAUUGGAACAUUGGGUAUCAAGCGCCACCCCACCGACAUUCUUCCCUUCCUGCCUCACAUGAGGCCAUUGUUCCAAUCGCUGCCUACCAACCCGGCCGACAUGAGUCUCCGCUCAGCUAGAAUCCCGCUAGCUGAUCUGGAGUGUGUCACCAACACACAGGUCAAGUUCUCGGGACCUAUGUGGUAUCUCAAUAUCAGAAAAGAGUCUAUCAAAUGGGCCGAAAGGGAAUUGGCCCAAUACACAGAGUCUUGGGUUGAUCCUGUCUGGGAUGAAGUAGACUGGCAGCGUCUCAAAGAGCUGCAGGUCCGUGAGCUUAUGGAGAAGAGACAAGCUCAAGCAGACAUCGUCCAGUCAUCACACUGUUUACAGUGUCCUGACUUCGUGAAACAUUUCGAAAUGCAACACGACGAAUGGCAAGUGAAGGAGAACAUCUCGCAGCUGAAGCAGUUGAUGUCCGACCAAAACCUCCAGCUUCUUCCGGACUACGAACAACGUAUCCAAGUGUUGAGAGAGCUUGGUUUCGUUGAUGAUCAAUCCCGCGUCCAACUGAAGGGCAAGGUGGCAUGCGAAAUUCACUCUGCUGAUGAACUGGUCCUCACUGAACUGGUUCUGGAGAACGUGCUUGCGGAAUAUGAACCAGAGGAGAUCGUUGCGCUCCUGUCGGCAUUUGUCUUCCAGGAGAAGACCGAAAGCGUUCCCACACUCACACCUCGCUUGGAGAAGGGUACCAAGGAGAUCAUCGCCAUCGCUGAGAAGGUGAACGAUUUCCAGAUCCAGCAUCAGGUUAUCCAGUCCAGUGAAGACUCCAAUGACUUCGCCAGUAAGCCACGCUUUGGUCUUGCCGAGGUUGUCUACGAGUGGGCCAAGGGUAUGUCUUUCAACCGCAUCACAGAUCUCACGGAUGUCAUGGAAGGUACUAUUGUUCGAGUGAUCACCCGGCUUGACGAGACUUGCCGUGAAGUGAAGAAUGCAGCUAAGCUGGUCGGUGAUCCAACACUGCACCUCAAGAUGCAGCAGGCUCAGGACUUGAUCAAGCGCGAUGUUAUCUUUGCCGCCUCUCUAUACAUGUGA